AGGCCAGUGCCAGGGAAGAAGGAGGAAGAAAGCUCCGGCUGCUGUUGACCCACUUGGACCCACACCUAGAAAAAACCCGCGCCAAACCCAGCCCCAGCUAGCUCUAGACUGCGCCAUGCGGGGCCCCAGCGUGGCUCUGUGGCUCAUCCUGGCUCUGCGCACUGCACUCGGAGGGAUGGAGGUGCGAUGGUGCACCAUCUCAGACCCGGAGCAGCAGAAGUGCAGUGACAUGAGCAAGGCCUUCCAGCAAGCCAGCAUCCAGCCCUCCCUCCUGUGCGUCCAGGGCACCUCAGCUGACCACUGCCUCCAGCUCAUCACGGCCCGGGAAGCUGACGCCAUCACUCUGGAUGGAGGAGCCAUUUACGAGGCGGGGAAGGAGCACGGCCUGAAGCCCGUGGUGGGCGAGGUGUAUGAUCAAGAGGUCGGUACCUCCUAUUAUGCCGUGGCUGUGGUGAAGAGGGGCUCCCACGUGACCAUCAACACCCUGAAAGGCGUGACGUCCUGCCACACGGGCAUCAACCGGACGGUGGGCUGGAACGUGCCCGUGGGCUACCUGGUGGAGAGUGGCCGCCUCUCGGUGAUGGGCUGCGACGUGCUCAAAGCUGUCAGCGACUAUUUUGGGGGCAGCUGCGUCCCCGGGGCAGGAAAGACCAGUUACUCAGAGUCCCUCUGUCGACUCUGCCGGGGCAACACCGCCGGGGAAGGGGUGUGUGACAAGAGCCCCCUGGAGAGAUACUACGACUAUAGCGGGGCCUUCCGGUGCCUGGCAGAAGGGGCCGGGGACGUGGCCUUUGUGAAGCACAGCACGGUGCUGGAGAACACAGACGGGAAAACCCUGCCCUCCUGGGGCCAGACGCUGCUGUCACAGAACUUCGAGCUGCUGUGCCGGGAUGGCAGCCGGGCUGAUGUCACUGAAUGGAGGCGAUGCCACCUGGCUCGGGUGCCUGCUCAUGCCGUGGUGGUCCGAGCCGACACAGACGGGGGUCUCAUCUUCCGGCUGCUCAACGAAGGCCAGCGCCUGUUCAGCCAUGAGGGCAGCAGCUUCCAGAUGUUCAGCUCUGAGGCCUACGGCCAGAAGAACCUGCUGUUCAAAGACUCCACCUCCGAACUGGUGCCCAUCGCCACGCAGACCUACGAGGCAUGGCUGGGCCGCGAGUACCUGCAUGCCAUGAAGGGUCUCCUCUGUGACCCCAACCGGCUGCCCCACUACCUGCGCUGGUGCGUGCUGUCCACGCCCGAGAUCCAGAAGUGCGGAGACAUGGCUGUGGCCUUCAGCCGGCAGAGGCUCAAGCCGGAGAUCCAGUGUGUGUCCGCCGCGUCCCCCCAGCGCUGCAUGGAACAGAUCCAGGCUGGGCAAAUCGACGCUGUGACCCUGAAGGGCCAGGACAUUUACACAGCGGGGAAGAGAUACGGCCUGGUUCCAGCAGCCGGGGAGCACUAUGCCCCGGAGGACAGGAGCAACUCGUACUUCGCGGUGGCCGUGGUGAAGCGGAACAGCUCCUAUGCCUUCACCCUGGACGAGCUGCGGGGCAAGCGCUCCUGCCACCCAGGCUUCGGCAGCCCUGCAGGCUGGGACAUCCCUGUGGGCGCCCUUGUGCAGAGGGGCUACAUCCGGCCCAGGGACUGUGACGUCCUCACAGCACAGCCCUUCCCCUCUGCCCCAGCGGUGAGUGAGUUCUUCAGCGCCAGCUGUGUGCCCGUGAACAACCCCAAGCACUACCCAUCCUCGCUGUGCACACUCUGCGUGGGAGACGAGCAAGGCCGCAACAAGUGUGUGGGAAACAGCCAGGAGAGGUACUACGGCUACAGUGGCGCCUUCAGGUGCCUGGUUGAGAAUGCAGGGGACGUUGCCUUCGUUAAGCACACGACUGUCUUUGACAACACGAAUGGCCACAAUUCUGAGCCCUGGGCUGCUGAGCUCAUGUCGGAGGACUACGAGCUGCUGUGUCCCAAUGGGGCCCGGGCCGAGGUGACCCAGUUCGCUGCCUGCAACCUGGCACAGAUACCGUCCCAUGCUGUCAUGGUCCGGCCGGACACCAACAUCUUCACUGUGUAUGGACUGCUGGACAAGGCCCAGGACCUGUUUGGAGAUGACCACAAUAAGAAUGGGUUCAAAAUGUUCGACUCCUCCAACUAUCAUGGCCAAGACCUGCUUUUCAAGGAUGCCACCCUCCGGGCAGUACCUGUGGGAGAGAAAACUACUUACCGUGACUGGCUAGGCCCCGACUACAUGGCGGCUCUGGAAGGGAUGCUGUCUCAGCAGUGCUCAGGCACAGCGAUCGUUGCCUCCAGCGUCUCCCUGCUCCUGCAGCUGCUCCCGCUGGCCCUCACGGCCAGCCUCCUCCAGCCCUGCCUCUGAAGCUGCUCUGGGCAAGCCUCGCCCUCCCUUGGAAACCUAUUCAGAAAUCUCCCUAGAUAAGGCUGUUCUCCUCAGUAAAUCCAGUUAACACUGCUCAGAGGGAAACGUGUGCCGGGAGAGGAAGCAUGAGAAACCACAGAGCUCCCCAGGGCUGCGAUUCCAACACUGAAGCUUCUGUGAUCGCUCCAGAGCGGGAUAAAGAGGGAUGUUACAGCAAAGCCCCCCAGCUGGACUGAGCAGGUCUCUCCCUCCUGCUGGAACCCAGCCGCUGCCUCCCCGGCGCCGCCUGUCCCUCCGCUACCUGAGGUGGUGCGCUGGCCCACCUCCCAGUCACGUCCCACCCACAGGCUGGUACAGCCGCUGCCCCGCAGAUCUGCAGGCUCCCACCACACAGAUCCUCACCAGCCUUGGCUUUGGAAGAGACUGGUUGCCAGGGAAACAGGCUGAACCCGAGCUUCCCACACCACCCUCUCUGCUGGAGCUUGCCCUGCUGAGCCGCCCAGGGGGCCUGCUGAGAUGACAGGCCUGCCGGCCCCUCCCUGACAGCUCCCACCUCCCCCUCUGGAGGAGGGACACCACAGCCAGCACCUCCCGUCAGCCCCCGCUCCGUCUGUCCUCUGGAGUCCCCGUGCCAGCCUCCCCCCCAGGAUGCUGUGUCUGUUCACCAAGGCAUCACCAGAUGAGGCUGGAGCCGGACCCCCCGAGGAGGCGGAGCUGCUGGGCACAUGCAGCCCUUCGUCCUUGUCUUCUGCGGCUCGGCGUGGCCCAGACCACCGGGCCCCUGACUGUGCUGGGCUGGGGAGGGCAGGGAGGCCAGGGCUGGACCCUAGGGGUGAAACCCUCAAGGGGUCCUAGGACAAAGGAAGUGCUUCUCAGUAUUUUUACUAGGUGGGGGCUUGAUGCAGGGUUGGGGGCCUAAAGUCUUGCCUAAAUACCUGUCUGUGGUAAGGACAGCAGGCCUCAGAACCGGACGUGCUCUGUGUGCCCUGCCCUUUGGUGAUUCAGCUGCACCCGGCUCUGUCCUGGGGCUAAGCCCAGUCAGCAGGAAUCC